AACCUCAUCUCUGAAGCAUUCUGCGGUUUUCUACAAGCGCAACUUGGGCCAUGAUAACAAACUGCGAAGACCAGUGCCAUCAACUGGCGUGCUCACUGCGAACCACGUUCUCGUCUACGAUUAGGCCGAGUUCGUUUAAUAGCAUUCCACCUUAAUCCCGCGAACAACAUGGUGAGACCCCACACGAGACCGAUGGAGGAGGAUGGUGAAGUCCUCUGGACUACGGCGCCCUCGCCCAGCGUUACGGUCAUUUCCGAAGCGGUUAAUACGUCGUCGUUCGAAAUGGAUAAUGUGGUGGAAGCCUACCCGAGCGGGAUCGCUAUGUCUGUGCAGGAAGCCGUGGGCACCGCUCUGUCUCUAAGCUUUAUCACCGUCUUCACCGUGGUCGGUAACGUGCUGGUCAUCUGCUCCGUCUUCAACCACCGGCCCCUGCGCACCGUACAAAACGUAUUCCUGGUCUCGCUGGCCCUGGCUGACAUCGCCGUGGCGCUCCUGGUGAUGCCUUUCAACGUGGCCUACUCCAUAAUGGGUCGCUGGGUGUUUGGUCUGCACUUCUGCGAGUUGUGGCUCACCUGUGACGUCCUCUGUUGCACGGCCUCCAUCCUGAACCUGUGCGCCAUAGCGCUGGACCGGUACUGGGCCAUACACGACCCCAUCAACUACGCCCAGAAACGCACGCUACGCCGAGUGCUGCUCUCCAUCUUUCUGGUGUGGGUCAUCAGCGCGCUGAUCUCAGUGCCCCCACUUAUCGGCUGGAACGACUGGCCCGAGCAGUUCGAUGAGACCACGCCCUGCCGACUGACACAGGAGACCGGUUACGUCCUGUACUCGGCAAGUGGGUCAUUCUUCAUACCACUGCUCAUCAUGAGCAUCGUGUACCUCAAGAUCUUUCUGGCAACCCGACGAAGGUUGCGAGAGCGGGCCAACGCCGCCGCCAAGGUACCCAGCUCCGCUACCCGCUGCGCAGCCACCGUCGAGCCUUCGGCCGCGCUCCUUCAAGAACGUCACCCGUCGUCGUCGGAGGAGACGCCUCCGCCGCAACACCGUGGCCAGACUACGGAGAACCGGCCGUCGCUGGCUGACACCAGCGUGACGCUGGAGCAGAACGGGCGGCCUCCCAGCGUCAAGGUGUUCACCUGCUGGGAAGAGCGCCAGCGCAUCUCCCUAUCGCGCGAGAGGCGAGCUGCCCGCGUGCUGGGCAUCGUGAUGGGAGUGUUCGUGCUGUGCUGGCUGCCCUUCUUCAUCAUGUACGUGACGGCCGCCUUCUGCGACCAUUGCGUCCAGUCGGACCGGCUCGUAAACUUCAUCACCUGGCUGGGCUACGUGAACUCGGCGCUCAACCCCGUCAUAUACACCGUGUUCAACACUGACUUCCGCCGCGCUUUUCGCAGUCUCCUCUGUUCGGGCAAUCGCCGGACGCAUUUGUGAGAGAAGACUCGACUUGGCCCGUGAAAUGGCGCCAGAGACGGAACAAAAUGGACAGUGAAGAGCUGUUGCUGUGAUGCGGCGUGUUGUGCUCGCACGCGCAUUCGAAGUGAUGCUGAAUGAAAGCCGAAUUAGUUUCGCAAGCUUGUAAAGCAUGCUUCUCUGUUAUGAGCGUGAUUUUUGCGGCAGUGCACCGGAAGAUGCUGUGGGAAGCAUUGUGGUGCUCGUGAAUCCACCCGUUUCAAGAAAAUGACACUCUUUGUGCGUCGCACGUCUUUUAGAGCUAAACAAUCGCAACUGUUUGUUUUGCUGUAGCCUUAACUAAGCGUAUCUAUGUGACAGAUUAAUGAAGUGAUGUGGUAUGAAAGGGGACUACUACUUUGUUUCAUAAUUUCUCGAAAGUCCACGUUACAUAAAAAAUUGAGAUGAUUCUGAUUGUUGUGAGAAGAAACUAACUCAGAUAUUAGCAGUGUGAGAAGCAAUUUAGUUCUUACGUAACUUGUAUGGUUGUC